AUGCCGGAAACAAGUGCUGUCGGCCAUUUUGUCACAAAACCAUCAAUUAUUUCUUCGUAAUUAAUCGACAAUAUUUGUUGUCGUGGGGUAUUCUGGGCAUGAUCUGAUCAAAAUGCCAAAAAAGAAGAAGAGAGCAGGUGUUUCUGGUCGGCGUCAUAAAUACCAUUAUUUAAAAAAGACUAAAUUGAAACAUGAAAACAGUGAAAAUGUUAAUCUUGAAAGCAACUUUGAAUGUGACAGUAUACAGAUGGUCCAGCCUGAAUUCACUGAUGUUGAUGUUCAUUUUACAAUUCAGACAAAUUUUGAAGAUGUUUGUGUUCAAGCAAUACCUGAAACUUGCGAUAUAUCUGUGCAAACUAUAGAAAGCGAAAGUGAUCAUACAUAUGCGAAAAGUUGUAUGGAUUAUUCAAGUGAUGACAGUUUUAGUAAUGCAGAACUUAAUUCUAGUGUAAAUGAAUCGCAUGCAGCUAAGGAGCAGAUACAUGUAGAAUCCAUAUACAUUGACUGUGGGGACGAAGUUGUUGAGUCUCUUUCUUUUAAAGAAUUUUCUUCAGCUAUCAAGAAAGGAUUAAGCAGUAAAACUAGGAGCUAUUGUGUACACGAAACAGAAUCAGAAUUGACACUCAUAGAUUUCUAUGUUACUAGUGAAGGUGCUUUAGCAGUGAAAUUGACAGUUAGAUUUAACAAUGACUUUACUUGCAAUGUGCAUGUGCACAGGAAAGAAAUACCAAGAUCACACAGUUUGUGGGAAUGUGCACCAGAGGUUUUUCAUACUAGCAAAGAUGCCUUUGAUUUCUUGGAAAGACUUGAUAAGUUCUUGGUUUGCUGUGGAAAUUCAGAGGCAGAAUUUCAACAGUUAGUAUCUGUUGGGUCUGGGUUGACAAAUAGUAGCAGUAAUGAUACAUGUAUUGUGGCAUACAGAGAAGGAAAUUUUGGUGCGCAAUACCAGUCCACAAUAAGAUCAUCCGCGUGUGAGAUGUUGACCUUGCGACUGGAAAAAUGUCCAAAAUGCAAGGAUUAUGGCUAUGCAUUGACUAAAAGAAUCAAAAGAAUCGAGGAGAGGAAAGCAAAUCCAAGAAGAUUUAGCCAUUCAACAUUCAAACACUCCAACAUGACAAGAGAUGAACUGUGUAGCAAACUGAUAGAGCAAAAAAAUGAAAUUGGUGACCUCUCAAAUGAAGUAAGGAUACUUAAAAGACAAUUGGAGCGAGCAAUUUCCAAAAAUGGUGUUGAAAUGAGCGAUCAUGGAAAUAUUGAGUUGAACAAAUCGUUUGCUACAUGUACUUGUUCCGAGGAAGUUAAACAAAGUUUCCCAGAUAGCAAUUCGCGUCAAAGACUCUUUUGGGAACAACAGGAACUAGCUGCAAAGGUCCCCAGUUCAAUUCCUGGCCGGGGCACUGGACAUUUCAGAAAUGCUUCAAGUGUUUCCCACCCAAGUUGACCCAACUAGAGAUGUACUGGUAUGAAACCCAGACUGUGGAGAGUGCAGCAAGGAGUUUGAAGGGGACGGUCCUGUCCACGGACCCUACAAAUACAUACUGGGCAAAAAGGUGCUUGAAGGGGACCCCGGUAAUAAUUACAUGUGUAAGGCUUGUGGUUAUA